CAUGGCAAGUUGGAUGCAGGCACAGACUUCCCAUUGGGAGGUCUUGUCUCUCUGCUGAAACUGGGGUGCUGAGAACUGGGAGAUGCAGAGGAUAAGUUACCUCCACACCACAGCUGUUUUCUUGUCUCCUGGCCCUAGGGUGGAGGCUGUGUUGGGAGUUGAGGAUUAAAGUUCCAGCCUCUUCACUCCUGGACUCCUCCUCUUCCUCUUUGUCAUCUCAUAACAAGAGGAAUCAAAAUCUCAGAGCUAGAAAUUGUUAACUGGGAGCUGAUCAGACUCUGUCUGCGUGGGGGAGACACAGUCACUUAGAUAAGAGGUGGAGAUGGCUUUCAUUAUAAAAAUAAAGAGGAAGAAGUGGGUAAUCCACUCAAGGGAGCUGGUAUCCCAGAGGUCGGGGAAAGACUCAAUACUUUGUCUUAAAAUGGCUCUUACCUUGUGACAAUGUCCUGGAUAGACCUCACUUCCCGACAUCACCCCCCAAAAUGGUAAAUAUAACUGAAGUGAAAACUUUUAAAUGAACAUAAUGCAAAUGGAGCCUGUGUUUAGAGGAUACAGAAGAAAAAAGUAACCAUGCCUGUGUGAGAUUGGCUAGGAAUACUUUAUUUAUUUAUUUUUUGAGACGGAGUCUCACUCUGUUGCCCAGGCUGGAGUGCAGUGGUGCGAUCUCGGCUCAAGCAAUUCUCCUGCCUCAGCCUCCUGAGUAGCUGGGAUUACAGGCGUGCACCCACAUGCCCGGCUAACCUUUGUAUUUCUAGUAGAGACGAGGUUUCACCAUGUUGGUCAAGCUGGUCUCAAACUCCUGACCUGGUGAUCCGCCUGCCUUGGCCUCACAAAGUAUUGGGAUUACAAGCGUGAGCCACCACACCCAGCCAGGAAUACUUUCUUAUAAUUGUUUAGAUACAUUAGGAUUUGCAAGAUGGAGACAUAAUAGGGAGAGAAGGCAAUUUAGUUCCACCCAAGAUGAUAGAGGCGCUGGUGUAAGUGAACACGUUGUGAUCAUGGAAGCAGACAGGGUGGCCGGUGAGAGCAGAGUUGGAGGCAGAUGUCUGGUGUAUUGAGAAAGAGUGCAUACUAGGGUGGGUGGGUUUUCAUGUUUACCAUUUGGUAUUCAUAACUGGAUUUCAUCUUCUUGAACAUAUACAUUUAUCUUCAAAAGAUAUAUAUUCUUCAUGAAGUAUUUGACAUCAACAUCGUGUAGAAAAUAGUAGAGUCAGGUUAUGGAGUUGAGGAGCAGGAGAGGAAUGUUUUUUCAACCUGAAAUGUCCUUAAUCUUUUUAGGAUGAGAAGCAGUUGUUCUCUCUCUUUUGCUCUCUAGAUUUCACAAGGAACAAGGGCUUAGAACUAAAUGUUGAUGAAUUACUCUAGUGCCACUGAAUUUUAUCUCCUUGGCUUCCCUGGCUCUGAAGAACUACAUCAUAUCCUUUUUGCUAUAUUCUUCUUUUUCUACUUGGUGACAUUAAUGGGAAACACAGUCAUCAUCAUGAUUGUCUGUGUGGAUAAACGUCUGCAGUCCCCCAUGUAUUUGUUCCUCGGCCACCUCUCUGCCCUGGAGAUCCUGGUCACAACCAUAAUCGUCCCCGUGAUGCUUUGGGGAUUGCUGCUCCCUGGGAUGCAGACAAUAUCUUUGUCUGCCUGUGUUGUCCAGCUCUUCUUGUACCUUGCUGUGGGGACAACAGAGUUCGCAUUACUUGGAGCAAUGGCUGUGGACCGUUAUGUGGCUGUCUGUAACCCUCUGAGGUACAACAUCAUUAUGAACAGACACACCUGCAACUUUGUGGUUCUUGUGUCAUGGGUGUUUGGGUUUCUUUUUCAAAUCUGGCCGGUCUAUGUCAUGUUUCAGCUUACUUACUGCAAAUCAAAUGUGGUGAACAAUUUUUUUUGUGACCGAGGGCAAUUGCUCAAAUUAUCCUGCAAUAAUACUCUUUUCACGGAGUUUAUCCUCUUCUUAAUGGCUGUUUUUGUUCUCUUUGGUUCUUUGAUCCCUACAAUUGUCUCCUACGCCUACAUCAUCUCCACCAUUCUCAAGAUCCCGUCAUCCUCUGGCCGGAGGAAAUCCUUCUCCACUUGUGCCUCCCACGUCACCUGUGUUGUGAUUGGCUACGGCAGCUGCUUGUUUCUCUACGUGAAACCCAAGCAAACACAGGCAGCUGGUUACAAUCGGGUAGUUUCCCUGAUGGUUUCAGUAGUAACUCCUUUCCUCAAUCCUUUCAUCUUCACCCUCCGGAAUGAUAAAGUCAUAGAGGCCCUUCGGGAUGGGGUGAAACGCUGCUGUCAACUAUUCAGGAAUUAGCCUUGCUCUGAGGACUUUUACAUGGUAAAGCACUUAGUAUGGAUUCUAGAAUAAUCUGAAAAGAACUUGCUCAUCUUUGAACUGCAUCAUAAUUAUUACCAUUAUCAAAUGAUUUGCAUGCAACAAAAUACUUUUAAGUUACAGCUACGGUUUUUAGUAUGGUUUGUUGUUACUUGAAACUCAGUCUAUUAUUUUUAAGACAUGUCUUGCUAUCUAGCUAUCUAUCUAUCAUCUGCCUUUCUUAAGAUACGAUGAUUUCACAAUUAAACUUUGAAAAAUUAAAUGUCAGAGAUAGACUAUCUAUAUAGUCUAGAAAAUAGACUAGUGGUUGCUUAGGGCUGAGGGGAAUGCAGACAUAGGGUAGUGAUAGCUAAGGGGUACAGGCUUUCUUUUUGAAAUGAUGGUUGUAAAUAUCUAUCAAUAUACCAAAAAUCAUUGAACUAUACAUUUUCAAUGAGUUAACUUUAUGGAAUGUGAUUUAUAUUUCAAUAAAGCUUUUGAAAAUAGUAUAUUAGAUCAUGAAGAAGUAUUGUGAAGAAAAGUGAAACAGGAAUGAAAGGGAAUAUCUCUUGCAGGAGUGUUGAAAUUUCAAAUAAGGUUUUCAGGGAAGGAUUGAGAGAGGUAAAGUGGUGAUACAUUCGGAAACUUGUUAAAGAACAUUCCAGGCAUAGUGAGUAAUAAGUGAGAGAUCCUAGGGAAGGCAUAACAAAGAUGCUGAAAUGGAGUGUGCAAAGGAGAAAGCAAUUGCAGUCAGAGUGGUAACUGGAAUGCAGACCAUGUAGAGCCUUGUGAUCCUCUUUUUUUCCAGGUAUGCAAAAAGAUAAUAUUAUUUUACUAUUUUUUCUUUUUUUAAAAAUUAUACUUUAAGUUCUAGGGUACAUGUGCACAAUGUGCAGGUUU